AUAUCACAUGCAAUUAAAAGAUAUGUUAGGCUUGGACAUAAUAUAUCUGAAGGAGAAGAUAUAGUAGAAGCUGCCAAAGUGAUUAAAGGAACAUCAAUUGCAAAUAUUGAGCCUGAUUGUAAGCAUAAAGAAGAAAAAAAACCUGUAAUUCCUGGAAUCUCAAAUUGGUUUGAAUUCCAAUGGCCAGUUGAAGGAGAGUUUUCUGGUUUUGUUCAUGGUAGAGCUCUUCCAAAUUUUGGAAAAUGGAAUGAUUUCUCUCCUGAAAAUAUUUGUAAAUCAAUGAAGGGAGGUGAACAACAUGGGCCAAAUCCUCAAAUUUCCACACAUACUGACUUCCAGGCUCAAUGGAUAACACCAGUGUCAUCAACAGGUUUGAAUAAGGCUCUGCAUGAGCCAGCUCUCAAGCCAGCUCGUGAGGAGCUUUAG